AUAUCAACGAAGGCUACCAUGUUGACCUUAGCCAAAAUUGCAUUGAUUUCAAGUCUGUUCAUUUCAUUACCAUUUGGGAGACCUCAGAAACAAAAUCUCAGAAGAAAUGUAACUCAGCACACUAUAGAAGAUGUGAAAACAAUGAGAAACAAAUCGAUUCAUUUGGAAAGAAGCAUAAAUGCAACUUCAGAAAACAGAAGUGAUAUCUCCAAUCUCAUGGUGACGGCUCCUUCUCUUUUGGAUUUAUCCACAACCUUCAAAACAACAAAUUCCAGCAGAAACUUUCCAACAGCUAGCUCAACUGAGAGUCCAAAACCUCCCUCCACACAUUCCAUUCCUCCCUUGGUUCAGGGCUUUGUUUCCAAGUUGCCUUUGAACUCAUCCGUAGCUGAUGUAAAUCCUUUACAGGUCUCAGAACAUUCCAAUUCUACACAUUCUCCAUUGUCGGGAAAUUUUACUUGGUCUUUGGACAAUGACACAAUGAACAGUCCUAAAGAUAUGUCCAGUACAGUUAGCCUCUUCCCUCCUCCUCCAAAGACCACACCUGUGACUCCUUUCACAGCUGAACCUACUGAAUGGUUUGCCACAAAUGACAACUUUGCUGGUUUUACCCCAUAUCAAGAAAAAACAACUUUACAGCCUACCUUAAAAUUCACCAAUAAUUCAAAACUUUUCCCCAAUACAUCAGACACCCCAAAAGAGACUAAGAACACAGGGAUAGUAUUUGGAGCCAUUUUAGGAGCUAUUCUGGGUGCUUCUCUGCUUAGCCUUGUUGGCUACUUAUUGUGUGGACAACGGAAAACAGAUUCAUUUUCCCAUCAGCGACUUUAUGAUGACAGAAACGAACCAGUUCUGCGAUUAGACAAUGCACCAGAACCUUAUGAUGUCAAUUUUGGAAAUUCUAGUUACUACAACCGAGCUGUGAGUGAUUCAUCCAUGCCUGAAGGGGGAGAAAGUGCGCAUGAUAGCAUUCCCAUGGAUGCCAUACCUCCACUUCGCACCUCCAUGUAAAGCUAGGAGAAGGAGGGCUGCAGAGGGGAAGAGUCCAUCUCCAUUUCGACCUUUCAUCAUGCAAGAGGUCCUGCAAGGUCACUGCCGUGCUGCUUGCACAGGGAAUACUGCAGAGGCAGGAGUUGUGCAGGAAAAAGCAGGGUGGAUCCGUCAUCUAGAAGCAUUCUUUCCUUACAGUCCUCAGCUGAGCUGAAGCAUGUGUUAUAUAACCAUAAUUUGUAUUUUGGUUUAUUUUCCAAGGAAACCUUUGUGAAAUACGGUAAAAUUAAUGCACAUCACCAUGGUAGCACUGACUGAUAACUUAACAAUAACCCUUCUUCACACAAAAUCUGGGAACCCAAACUAGAUUUUCUUUAAAUAGUUUGUUUUUAAACAGGAAACCGGAGUUAACUCUUCUUUCCUCUUGUCUAUAAUCCAGGACCACAGAAUAAAACAGGCAUUUUCAUGGGA